AUGUACGAUGCGACGCGGCUCUACCACGGUGCACUCGGUGCCUCGAAGAGGACAAAGAAUGUGUCUGAUCCGAGCGACCCUGUGGACGACCAGCUCCUCUCAUUGUAUUAUCGUUACUUUCAUAGUGCGCAUCCAUGCGCAGUACCUCGAUUUGCAAUCCAGCGUUAUGCCGUCAGCGACCGCCAGGCAAUACAGCCACUUUAUGCGGUGAUGAAGUACAUUGGCUCUCUGCAUAACGCAUUAAUCCCGUCAUCGCAGUUGAAAAAUCAUGUUGAGGCGGAAUUGGCUGUCGUUCGGAGUACCAACCAUGUAGUCUCACCGUUCGCAGUCCAGGCCGUGCUCCUCUACUCCAUUGCAGUCUAUUGGUGUGACGAAACGAGAAAAGGCCUAGACCUGCUUGAGGAAGCUAUUCGGAUGGCGCUUGGCCUUGGAAUGAAUUGGAGUGACUUUGCCACCGAGCACGGGAGGAACGAUCCGAUCCUCGAGGAAAGCUGGCGACGGACUUGGUGGCAAAUCUAUAUUACGGACGCGCAUAUCGCUGGAAGUACGCACAGUUAUCCCUUCCGGACGAAUGGGAUCCAUAUGGAUGUUCAUUUGCCCUGCGAGGAGGACGAGUAUGAGUCUGGGAAUAUUCCAAACCCGCGAACUCUGGAAGAGUACGAUAUGCGAGAGUUUGCUGGUGAUGAACGCGAGUUCUCUUCGUUGGCUGAGAUGGUAGGCUUGACUCGAAGUUUGGACUUGGCACUUGCCGCAAGAAAAGACCUUGACAUGAAGAACAUCACCACUGUCUGUGCUAACAUUGAUGCGAUCCACGUCUCAUGGACGUCACUUUUGCCAGCGUCAAAGAGGACUGUCUUUAGACCCAACGGCUCCCUGGAUGAGAUUCUGUUCAAGGCACAUGCCAUUAUUCAUACAUGGAUUGUCGACCUUCACCGGCAACUGUCAACACUAGCGUAUAGCGCCAUCGAGGGUGUGUCAAAAUGUUGCCCGCAGGCGCCACCAGAGACUCUCCUCCAAAGUAACUCCCCUGAAAGUGAUUUGCACACCAGGAGAGUUCUGCACUCAAUCGAGCAGUUCGAAUCCCUGCUGACCCUCCCAACAAACAUGGUCAGUCACACUCCGUUCAUUAUCUGCAUGAUUGCCGUUGUGGCCGUCACCCACCUCUCCGCCUGCCGCUAUGUCUUGAAGGGACAGGACUUGCGACUCAAUCGAGAGCGGAUCAGAGUGACCAUGGGGACUCUCAAGGCCAUGGGUGAACACUGGGCACUUGGCAAACGGACGUACCAGGAAAUCAGCGUGAUUGCGCGGGAGUUAUUAUCACUGGACCGGCCACUGCCCUCUCCGUCCGCGUCGCAAGGACCACAGCAUGCCAUAACAGGUGUGCCUGAAGUAAUGACCGACAUUCCUGCGUCUGUCUUUGCACCGGACAUAGCUGUUGAGUCUUUGGACUUUUGCGAUUUGUUUGACAUUGACUAUCAUGAGGCGACUAUUCGCGAUGCCCUGUCUCAUGAUCUGGGGGUGGCUGAGUGCUGUAUAUGA